AUGUCGCAGAGAACAAAGCGUUCCGGUGCCUCGACGCCGGUCCCGGUGACGGCUAGCACCCCGGUACAGCAGAGCGGAAGCGCUGCGAUGGGUGCGUCAGGGACGCAGCAUCACAGCGGCUCCCGUCCGUCGAGCCCGCUCAGCCCUACGCGCCAUUCCCGCCUGCAGGAAAAGGCCACCCUGCAAUAUCUCAAUGACCGGCUGGCCGCAUACAUGGACCGGAUGCGUAUGCUGGAGCAGGAAAACUCGCGCCUCACAAUGGAGGUGCGCACUUCGCAGGACACAUCCACCCGCGAAGUUUCCAACAUUAAAUCGAUGUACGAACACGAAUUGUCCGACGCUCGCAAGCUGUUGGACGAAACGUCACGCGAGAAGGCCAGGAUGGAGAUCGACGGAAAGCGGAUUCUCGAAGAAAAUGAGGAACUGAAAAAGCGCUUGGACCGAAAAAUGAAGGAAGCCGCUGAUGCCGAACGCAACUUACGUGCACAGGAAGCACGCGCAAACGAAUUGGCGAAUAAAUACCACACGCUCGUCACGGAUCAUAAGAAGGCAAAGGAUGACCAGAAGGAGCUGGAAAAGGAGCUGGCCAAGCUUAAAAAGCAGCUCGAAGCACUGCGCAAGAAUCUUGAGGAUGAAACCCUGACCCGGGUCGAGCUGGAGAAUACCGUCCAAACACUGCGCGAGGAGCUGACCUUCAAAGACCAGGUUCACUUGCAGGAAAUAUCCGAGACGAAGACCCGUCGCCAGGUGGAGAUUAGCGAAAUUGAUGGCGUGCUGUCGGAGCAGUACGAGGCGAAGCUGCAGCAAGCGCUGCAGGAUCUGCGCAGUCAAUACGACGAUCAGCUACGCAUGAACCGUGAGGAAAUAUCCGAUCUUUAUGAGGUAAGCGGUGGAUCGCUAACGAAUUGAUAGUGAAUGAAGGUUUUCUAAAAUUUUCGAUGAAAUCUGACAUGUUUUUUUUUGUAGGCUCGUUUGCGCGAUUUGGAGCAACAGAUGAACCACGAGCGAUUGCGCCACGCCGACGAAAAGGCCAAGAUGAUGGAGGAGGUAGAGCGCCUCCGGAAGGAAAUGUCGAUGCAGCUCCAAGAGUAUCAAGAUCUUAUGGAUAUUAAGGUCUCGCUGGACAUGGAGCUUGCUGCAUACGAUAAACUGCUCAGCUCGGAGGAGGACCGUCUGAAGAUCACCCCGGGCAAUGCAUCCUUCUUCUCGCAAUCAGGCCUGUCGAGCAGCAUGUCCCGGGCCGGUAUGCUUCGCCGCACACCAAACCGUGCUGCCGCUAAGCGCAAGCGUACGGUGUUGGAAGAAUCAGAUGAACGCAGUGUGUCGGACUUCUCCGUCACGUCGUCCGCCAAAGGUGACAUGGAGAUUGUCGAGGUUGAUCCGGAGGGAAAAUACGUAAAACUACGUAACAAAUCCUCCAAGGAAGUACAAAUCGGUGGAUGGUCUCUCGUUCGGAAGGUGGGCAGUAAUGAGACCGUGUUCAAAUUCCAUCGUUCACUCAAGGUAGACGGUGGCGCAUUUGUGACCGUUUGGUCGUCCGAUUUGGGCAAGGAUCACGAACCGCCGUCGACGAUCGUAAUGAAGGGUCAGAAAUGGUUCGCUGGAGACAACAUGACGACCCAUCUGAUGAACGGUGAUGGAGAGGAGGUUGCUGCUUCUGAGCGUGUAAAGCGGAUGAUUUCGACUGCUGCCUCGCGUCACCGCGAAUACCUCGGUGGUUAUGGAGAGGAACUCCACCACCAGCAGGGUGAACCCCGAGGUGACGAAAAGUGUCGGAUCAUGUAA